ACUCCUAGAAUGGAUCAUUGACAGGAUUGACCCGAAGCUUGGUGAAUUUCGGAACCCACGAAACAAUACCAGCAUUCUAUUCACUCCAGAAAUGGUUGAAAAGGUCCUCGGACUUCCUCAUGGGACUAGGCCUGUUGUUGUCAUAAGCAAGCAUGAAGAAUCCCCUCACCGAGAAUUCUACAAGACAGAUUAUGAUCAUGGUAGACGGGCGCCCAUUCACUAUGCUGCAACUAUUCUAGAAAAAGAAGUUGAUCUAGAUGACGAGACCUUUUUUAGGACCUUCUUCCUAGUAGCAUUGGCUACUCAUUUGACACCAGGAACUGGAAACAUGGUCCCUUUGGAGUAUUUAGGCAGCCUUGAAGUUGCAUCCGAGGUUUGCGAGUACGCAUGGGGAGAUCAAAUUCUCAAAGAUGUCAUGACUGAGAUCGAUACAUUCCAAAAGAAGAAGAAGAAAGCAAUAUUAGAUGGAGCUUUCAAAAAAAUUUGGGUUGGCAGCUGCCUACCCUUGGUUGCGAUUAUAUACAUGGACCAUCUCGACUUUCUGAAUCAUCUAUUUCGACGCAUCACAUAAAUUACUCACUCCCUAGAGCAUCCCACGUAACAGAUGAGGACUUCAAAUUUGUCAUGCUACAUGAUAAAAGCAGAUUGACCCUCAACGCACAUAUUUAUGGUGCG